AGAGAAAGCGAGAACGCAAAAGCUAGCGAGCGCGCUAGCCAGUUUUGUUCUCCCGUUUGAGAUAAAUCUCCUUUUAUUAUGGCCACAAUGUCUGGAGGAACAAACCUCGGCAUUCCCGGGACAAGCCAAGCCAGCUCCGGCACAUCCGCACACCGGAAAAAAGACAGCAGUCCGUCCGCUAGGUUCUGGGAGAGUCCGGAUACUUUAGCCCAGCUGGAGGUGGUGCGACAGUGGAUCGGGAAGCACUACAAAAAGUAUGUGCUGGUGGAUGCUCCAUCGUGUCAGGCACUCGCUGCAGUAACCCUGCAGCUUCUCCAGUUCCAAGAGGAUGCCUUUGGCAGACAAGCUACCAGUCCUAGUCUCACCAAACUGCCUACACAGUGCUUCCUUGACCUGCGACCAGGGGGUGGACUCUGCCACAUUCUUGGCACUGCCUACAAGUUCAAGGCUGCGCAAGGCUGGCGGAGGUUUGACUUGCAGAAUCCUUCAAGAACUGAAAGGAAUGUUGAGAUGUUUGGUAGUAUUGAAAGAGCGCUCAUCCAGAACAACUGUAUGUCACUGCCUGUGGUAUAUCUGGACCCUACACUGGAUCAGGAGCUGACUAGUAGACUUACAGAUAUUAUCACCAAACACCAGGGUACGAUCACUGAAGACCGAACACUCGCCAGUCACCACAUCUACCCCUCAUCUGCUUCUACAGAGGAAGAUGAAUGGAUGCGCCCUGUCAUGCGGAAAGACAAACAUGUUUUGGUACACUGGGGCAUGCACCCUGACAGUUACGACAGUUGGUUGUCCUCAAGUGAUGUUGAAGGAGAGGUUGAAGAGCCACCACAUUCAGAAAAGCCAUGGCGGGUUCAUGCCUGCUGGGUUCUGGACACAGAUGUUUUCAACGAGUGGAUGAACGAAGAGGACUAUUGUGUGAAUGAGAAGAAUGUACCAAUAAUUUUCCGCCGACGUAUUCACCUCAGAGAUGACCAGGACUCCAAACACACCCCCUUCAAAAAGAGAAGACGCUCCCCCUCACCUCCUUCCUCUGAAGGCAGGAAAAAAGGAAAGAAGGGGAGGAGGCGUGGACAACAGGAGGAAGAGCCAGAAGAGGACUUGACCAAAGACAUGGAGGACCCUACCCCUGUCCCAAACAUGGAGGAGGUUAUACUACCCAAGAAUGUCAACCUGAAGAAGGACAGUGAGAAUACUCCGGUCAAAGGAGGGACCAUGGCUGACCUGGAUGAACAGGAGGAUGAUUUCCCAGGAAGGGAAGAUGAGGAGGGGAGAGGGGAGAUUACUCGCCUGUCAGAGGGGGAGGACAACAUCCCAGAACAAACUCAUCACAUCAUAAUACCAAGCUACACAUCUUGGUUCAAUAACAACAGCAUUCAGUCAAUAGAGAAACGUGCGUUGCCUGAAUUCUUCAAUGGAAAGAACAAGUCCAAAUCUCCAGAAAUCUACCUGGCAUACCGUAACUUCAUGAUUGACACAUACCGGCUGAACCCCCAGGAAUACCUCAGCUCAACGUCCUGUAGACGCAACCUCACUGGAGACGUCUGUGCGGUCAUGAGGGUUCAUGCUUUUUUGGAGCAGUGGGGUUUGAUUAACUACCAGGUGGAUGCAGAGAGCAGACCCCUCCCCAUGGGACCCCCGCCCACCCCUCACUUCAACGUACUGGCGGACACACCGUCCGGGCUGGCCCCCCUACAACACAAACCCCUACAGGUGUCCGCCUCGCAACACAUGUUGUAUUUCCCAGAAAAGAGUAGAGAGAAGCCUUCAGACUCCCAGAACUUUGGUCUGCGCUCCGACAUCUACACCAAGAAACACCCAAAGACUAAAGGAGCAAGUGCGGGAAGGGAAUGGACAGAGCAAGAGACUCUCUUGCUAUUAGAGGCCUUAGAGGUCUACAGAGACGACUGGAACAAAGUAUCCGAGCACGUCGGCUCCAGAACGCAGGACGAGUGUAUCCUUCACUUCCUUCGCUUGCCGAUAGAAGACCCUUACCUAGAAGACUCCUCGGCCUCCCUCGGCCCACUGGCAUACCAGCCCGUGCCUUUCAGCCAAUCAGAAAACCCGGUCAUGAGCACUGUGGCCUUCCUGGCAUCCGUGGUGGACCCACGGGUGGCAUCAUCCGCAGCUAAGGCCGCACUGGGUGAGAGGACAGAGAGGAAUUCUCCAUGCUGUCUACAAUGCAUCUCUUAUUCUGUUUUGCUCUUUCCUUCAGAGUCGAUGGAUGCAGAAAAAACUGAAACAAACUCGACCACCCACCAGGUCCCUUUGAGGGCAGAUGUGCUCAAGGUUGAAUCCAGUGGAGCCAAAGUGGAGGGAGAACUUGUCAAAAGAGAAAAUGCAGAAAAUGUACUUGCAGAUGAGAGAGACGGAAGGGGAGAUGACGACGAGAGCCUAGGGCGGGGAGACGUGGAUGAGGGGAGAGUGAUGGAGCAGGAUUUGGUGGACGGCAGCGUUGCCACGGCAGCAGCAGCUGCUCUGUCCUCAGCUGCCACAAAGGCCAAGCACUUGGCAGCAGUAGAAGAGAGGAAGAUCAAGUCCCUGGUGGCUCUGCUGGUGGAGACCCAGAUGAAGAAGCUGGAGAUCAAACUGAGGCACUUUGAGGAGCUGGAGACCAUCAUGGACCGUGAGAAAGAAGCUCUGGAGCAGCAGCGGCAGCAGCUCCUGUCAGAGAGACAGACUUUCCACACUGAGCAGCUGAAAACGGCAGAAAUGAAGGUUCGCCAGCAGAGGGAGCAGCAGGGCCAGCAGGGGCAGCCUGGAUACACAAUGCAGCAAUCAGCCCUGCCUCCUCCUUCAGGCCAGUCCAUGCCCAACCGCAUGAUGCCUGGUGGAGGAAAUGCCCAGACAAUGGCUCCUCGACUCUCUGGAGCUUCCAAUGGCAUGUACCCGUCCUCGCAGCCUGAUGGGAUAGCACCAGCUCAGCCGGGUCCUCAAGCGUCCAGUCACAGCUGAACGGACCGGAAAAUGAGACACACACACACACACACACACACACACCUGUCCUUCUUCAACCAGGACAAACACAAACAAAAUUAACACUGGCAGAACUGUUAAGGAACAACUGUUAAGAAAUUGAACUCUUCAGUACUAGUCACAUGUUUAUAGACAAAUUAAUUGUGUAAUUUGGUCAACGGCUCGGUCUGUCUUAUAUCUGUGAAAUAUUUGUGCUCUGACGUCAGAGUUGAGGACUCAACUCAUUAAAGUUGUUUUACAUGAAA